AUGAUCAACGCUGGUGCAAAUGGUCGCUUGCUAAUGCGCGGGACUGCAGGUAUCACACGCAUCGCAGCGACAGAGACCGGAGCUGCGCGUUCCCUGGUCUUCGCUGCACGGCCUUCGAUCGUCAACGGCGGCAGCAAACAUGUUUGCUCUCCCUUUUCUCGCUUGGCGGUUGUAACGCUGCUAACAAGGCAAGACAUUCGAGCAAGCAUGCCACGUAUGUCGUUCAGCAAAAUUUCAGCAUCUGCACCUCUCAAAUCCUGCCCAAACUGCAGUCACCCCCAACCACUCGAAUCGCUCUGCUGUCCCGAAUGCAACACACUUCAACCCUUGCCCUCCGACAUUGACUUUUACAAAGCCAUGGACCUCGAUCUGGCCUCGGUUCCCUCGGGAGGAUGGCAAGUCGACGUUUCAGCCCUGAAACGAGCUUGGCGACUGAAAAUGGCGGUCACGCAUCCAGACCGUAUGGUGGGACGAAGUGACAAAGAGCAGCAGAUCGGAGCGCAGCAGAGCGCACUUAUCAACCGUGCGUACGAGACACUUCUGCACCCGCUGUCGCGUGCCUUCUAUCUACUGGAAAGACACGGUGCGUGCGAGCCAUCCGAAUCGGACUCGUUGGAAGAUCCGGAACUGCUGAUGGAGGUGAUGGAGUUACGAGAGCGGCUGGAAGAGGCGGGGAGCGAACAAGAGGCGGCAGAGGUCAGAGCAGAUAAUGCAAAGCUGUUGGAAGCGACCGUCAAAAAGUUGAACGAGGCCUUCGGUCAAACCCCGCCAGACCUCGAGACGGCCAGAGAGGCGAGUGUUCAGUUGAGGUACUGGACAAACAUUGAAAAGGCAGCGAGGGAAUGGUCGCCUGGCAAACGGGUCGAAUUGCAACAUUGA